AUGUCAGAAGAGGUAACCACAGCAGCACAAGUAAGUGCGUCAGUCAAUAUCAGUCCUAUAGUUCUGGACUUUUUCUUGACUUUCAACAUGUUGGUCUGUGGAAACAUCAUUGCUCUAUUGGGAAUCUCGGGAAAUAUUAUCAACAUCAUCGUCUUCAACAAGCAGGGCUAUGAGGACAGCGUCAAUAUAACUUUAACUGCUUUGGCUGUCAUUUCUCAGAAAAAAGAAACCAAGAACACAUAUUUAUCCAACAAAGAGAAAAAAGUUGUCCUGAUGUUGACUGUCGUCUCAGUUAUAUUCAUCGUCUGUCUCAUUCCUCAAUCAGCAAUUCUGACAGCUGUCAGUCAGGUCCCUGGGCUUGCCGUCCGUGGUGUUUAUUUCGACGUGGCGUUAUUGUGUUACAGCAUCUCCUACCUGAUGGAGGCCGUGUGUUCUAGCGUCAACAUCCUGGUCUACUACAAGAUGAGCAGCAGGUAUAGAAAAUCACUACAGAGCAUUUGGUUUAAAAGUGAUGCCUCAUAG